GAGGCGUGCGAGUUCGUCUGCACCCUGGACUCGGACUGCUUCGCGUUCGAGGUCGGGAAUUCGAGCUGCAAGCUGCACACGACGCCGGUGUCGCGCGGCUCUGGAGAUCCAAGUCCACGGAGUGCCACGUGAAGAAGGAGUUCGCCCUCUAUGGGAAGAUGGCGUGCGAGUGCCUCCCGUGGAACAAGGUGUACAAGUACGGCGGCGUGAAGUGCGGCUCCGGUUUCGAGUUCUUCGGCUACGCGCACGGCUCCGGGGCGCACCGCGAGCCCGGCACGGACGGGAUGUACAACGACCAGGAGCUCUGCAGAGACAUCCCAGGACCCU